ACGUAUUACGGUUUACUGUAUAUAGCCUAUAUGUAGCCUAUAACAAUACAUAUCAGCGCACUACUGCAGCUACAGUGUUUUGCGUUGUAACCAGUAGAUGGCAGCAUUCACACUGAUAGUAAACUCUCUCGGGCAUGUUCCUUAGGUGUAUUUUGAUCUCCAGUAGGUGGCAGUGUUUUCUUCUUGUCUAUUAUGGUCGGAUCUGAGGAAAUGUGGGGAUAGAGGAGAGAGAGAAUAACAUCGUUCAUCAUUUUACCUAAAUUGUAAUAUCAUUAGGUCUACGUGUUUCGACUUCACUUAUAAAAUGUGUUAAAUAUGGCUGCCUAUUCCAUUUACAUAACAUUUUAUUCUUUUGUCAGUUACUGACUUAUUUGAAACACAUCCCAUGUGUCCACAAGUGUACGUUAGCUAUACUAUAUUCGAUUUAGACCUUCCCGAGCCUAUUUUUAGGCGGAUAAAUCAUAUGUAAUAUUUUUUUUUACGUUUGGAAAAUAUAUUUGGUUUACCGUUUAACGCUGAUUCACGUGUGGUGACGUCACAUGCUCUGACCGCGCAACGUAACACUGGAGUCAACGGCAGCUCACAUGGCGCGCUUUUAUUCAAAGGUUUCCUAGCAACGAAAGAUGACCAGAGCAGAGGACACAAAAGGAGCCACAACCUGUCUGACAGGAGCUCUGUGGAGGAUCUCCCAGGCAACAAAGCUCGGUCAGAAUUCAGAGAAUUGUCUGAUUUCUUGGAGGUACUGGGAUCUUCUCUAUGGCUGAAAAGGAAUGUGGUUUUGCUCCCCUGGUGUUCCGACUGCAUGGAGGAGCUCCGCAGGUGGUACGUGAAGUGCUGCUGGAGCGUGGAUGGGAGGAGUAUGAUGAAGAGGAGCAGGAGGAAGGAGACUGGAACCUCUACUGGAGAACCUCUGGCUUCCGAACCUCCGACUACAAAAACAUCCUGCCCUGGCAGAGACUGAACCACCAUCCCAAAAUGACCCACAUUACACGCAAGGACUAUCUAGCACGGCAUUUGAGAAGAAUGAAGAGCGCUUUCGGUGCAGCCCUCUAUGACUUCAGCCCUGCUGCUUUCAUACUGCCAAACGAAUACACAAAGUUUCUAGGGGUGUAUACUAAGAAUCGAACCAAUGACAGAGGGAAGUCUUGCUACUGGAUUUGUAAGCCAGUUGACCUGUCGAGAGGAAGAGGUAUAUUUCUGUUUAAAGAUAUCAAAGACUUGGUCUACGACUCUUCGGUAAUCAUACAGAGGUACAUCAGCAACCCGCUUCUCAUUUCAGGCUACAAGUUUGACCUGCGCAUUUACGUUUGCGUAAAGAGCUUCUGUCCUCUUGUGAUUUACAUGCACCAGGAAGGCCUAGUGCGUUUUGCUACGGAAAAGUACACCCUUGCUUCUUUAGACAACCUGUACUCUCACCUGACAAACACCAGCAUCAAUAAGUUCGGAUUGUGCUACGCCAUGGACAAAGAGCGAGUUGGCCGAGGAUGCAAGUGGACCUUGAGCAAAUUCCGCUGCUUUCUUCACAAACAAGAUGUUAACGAAUUUCUCUUUUGGCACAGGAUCAGCAAUGUCGUCACGUUGACUCUGCUCACAGCCGUUCCUUGCAUUCCCUCUAACCCCAACUGUCUGGAACUGUUGGGGUUUGACAUCCUCAUCGACGCCAGCUUCAAACCAUGGCUUCUAGAGGUCAACCACAGUCCAGCACUUUCAUUAGACUGCCCUGCUGACGAAACUGUCAAGAAAGGGUUGAUCAACGAUAUAAUUGACCUGAUGCAUUACAGGAUGACUGAUAGUUUCAGACAGAAGGGAUACCUCAAAAACAGAUAUACAAGAUCAGGUAGCCGGUAUUUACAGCCAAAAAUCCAUCAAGAGUUUUUGCUGCCCAAAACUUUGCAUGAUACUCCAUCAGGCAAGAGAAGCUGGAAUCAGUCUAUCUCAACCUCUUCAAGUUCUCAAGACACUGUGUUGUGUUCUGUAAAUGACUAUGCUAGAAAUAACACCAGGUGCGCUUCUUGCCUCAUUCACCCCAAUUCAAAAUCCAGAACGUCCAGUGGACAUGAAAAGGCUCCUCAGAAGUUUGAGGAAAUUAACGUUGAAAUGGAAUCUGAUGACCUAAAACUCACAAAGCUUAACAGUGUGAGGCAAUCGCACAAAAAUACACCAUCUUCCAUAUGCAAGUUACCUUCUCUUCACAUGCAUAAACCCAAGCCCUCAACCAUCCCAUGGAACCGCAGGACUCAGGACAGAGACGUCCCUCCUUGUCGUGUUGGAGACUUCAUAUUGACCUUUCCCUUUAAUGAGGCUACGUGGAAAGCCUCUCUGGACCAAGUGGAUGUUAAGGUUGUUGUGAAUGAGGUCCGUAAACUCACGAACAGACUGGCAUCUUCCUUUGACGAAAAAAAGAGGACAAAGGCGGACAGCAGUCAGGGUUGUAAUGCUGUCAGGGACAAAUUUGAGUUUCUGCUUUGGGGGCCAAAAGAUCCACCUCUUCUCAGCGAAUGCUCCUCUUCAAAUUCAGAAAUUAAGUAAAAUGGUUUAAGUAG